AUGAUCAAGUAUUCCCUUUUGCUUGCCUUAUUUGGAAUAGUUGCAGCCAAUAUUUGCACAGAUGGUACAGGCACCUGGAGCUUUGCUAUAGCUGAAGGAGUGACCGACUUCGCAUAUGGAGGAGCUAAGCUGAACAACAGCAAUAACUGUUUUGAAGGCUGUUUGGCUACAGGAACAGCAGUGCAGAAUUUCAAGGUGGCAAUGAGUGGAAUCGGUCCGAACACGACAGUGCAGGAGCGCAAACUGGGAUCGAAAGCCGAACGAUUUGCUAAGAUGAUGAAAAUCAGAGACGAUGAUGACGAUCCAAACGCGGACAGCUGCAUAGACCCUGUUCUUCGUGAUGAUAUAAAGAAUGCUCUGAACAAAGUCACUGAUCAUUCAUGCAAAGGAAUUGUGAAAGCCCUACUUUUCAAUCUCAAUCGGCCUGGAUGGGCUGUAAACUGCGUGGACUUUGAUGCUGUCAGUAUCGAUGGAAUCGUACAGGAUAUGAAUUUUUGCGCAUACAUCGGCGUCGUCGCACAAGACGUGUUCGACAUUCGUCUUGGAAAAAUUGAUAUCUCAUAG